GCUGUAUCUCUGCUGGCGUGAGGACACCUGCGUGCUGUGACACUGAGCUGAGACCCAGGGAACUCACUUCCACUGUGCACCUGAUGCUCAGGUUGUCCCUUGCUAACGUACUUUAACACUUACCAUGUCCUUUGCCUCUAGAAGCAGUGAAGUACCUCACACAGCUGCUGUACCCAACCUGCCCAUUCACUGCCUUCCCCACCUGAUGGAGCUGGCACUGGCACAGGACCCUCCUCAAGGCAGACAGUUGAGCCUGGUGCAGGAGCGCUAGUGGGACGUGGACGUUGGUGUGUGUGCCACCCUGGGAGGGACAAUGGCUCAGGGCACCAGGAGCAUCAACAGUGACUACAACGAUUGGGAGUGGAGCGCUGAUGCUGGGGAACGGGCCAGGCUCCUGCAGAGCCCCAGCGUGGAGACGGUGCCAAAGAGUGGAGAGAGCCAAGGGAAUGGUCUGGGGCCCACGUCAGCUUUGGGAGCUGUCUUCAUUGUGGUCAAUGCUGCCCUUGGGGCUGGGCUGCUCAACUUCCCUGCUGCCUUCAGCAUGGCCGGUGGUGUGGCAGCAGGCAUCGCGCUGCAGAUGUGCAUGCUUAUCUUCAUCAUUGGAGGCUUGGUCAUCCUGGCGUACUGCUCGCAGGCCAGCAACGAGCACACCUACCAGGAGGUGGUGUGGGCUGUCUGCGGGAAGGUGCCUGGUGUGCUGUGUGAAGUGGCCAUCGCUGUCUACACCUUCGGCACCUGCAUUGCUUUCCUCAUCAUCAUUGGAGACCAGGAGGACAAGAUCGUUGCUGCUCUAGUGACAGAGCCCAAGGAAGCUGGGAGCAGCCACUGGUACACGGACCGCAAGUUCACCAUCAGCAUCACGGCCUUCCUCCUCAUUCUGCCCCUCUCCAUCCCCAAGGAGAUCGGUUUCCAAAAAUAUGCCAGCUCUCUAAGCGUGAUUGGCACCUGGUAUGUCACGGCAGUCAUUAUCAUCAAGUACCUCUGGCCCGACAAGGAGCUGGUGCCUGUGGAGAUUCCCACCAGUCCCUCCACUUGGACUGCUGUCUUCAAUGCUGUGCCCACCAUCUGCUUUGGGUUCCAGUGCCACGUGAGCAGCGUGCCUGUCUUUAACAGCAUGAAGCAGCCAGAGGUAAAGACCUGGGGGGCAGUGGUGACAGUGGCCAUGGUGAUCGCCCUCUUUGUCUACACGGGCACUGGUGUCUGUGGCUUCCUGACCUUUGGAGCUGGUGUGGAGCAGGAUGUCUUGAUGUCCUACCCCUCCAACGACAUCCCUGUUGCCCUUGCCCGGGCCUUCAUCAUCCUCUGUGUGCUGACUUCCUACCCCAUCCUGCAUUUCUGCGGCCGGGCUGUCUUGGAGGGUCUCUGGCUCCGCUACACCGGGGUGACGGUGGAGGAGGAUGUGGUUCGGGAGCGGAGGAGGCGCCUGCUUCAGACCAUCAGCUGGUUCCUCCUGACACUCCUCCUGGCUCUCUUCAUCCCUGACAUUGGAAAAGUCAUCUCUGUCACUGGAGGCUUGGCUGCCUGCUUCAUUUUUGUCUUCCCAGGGCUCUGCCUGAUUCAAGCCAAGCUCUCUGAGAUCCAAGAAACCAGAGCAAUCAGCUGGUGGGCCCAGGUCAGCUAUGGGGUGUUCAUGGUCACCUUCGGAGCCUUCAUCUUUGGACAGAUUACUGCCAAUACCAUCUUCAUGGAUCUCACAGCCUGACAACUCCUCCACGUUCAACCACACUGCUGCUGUUGAGGGGAUGCAUAUUUCCCCUAGGACCAAAGGGAAAUUAGAAGAAAACAGGUUAUCAUGUUGGGAAUAUCCAAGAGGAACAUUGUAAUCUGG